GUGAGAUUCCACUUCAGCUUGCAGAUGCAACUCAACUCCGUGUGCUUGACCUCUCAUCAAAUCAUUUGUCUGGGGAGAUUCCAAAAGAACUAGGAAACUUGAAGUUGCUACUUGAUCUUAUUCUAAACAAUAAUCAGCUGUUAGGUGAAAUUCCGUUUCAAAUCAAAAUGCUAUCCACACUCCAACAGCUCAACUUUGCAAGAAAUGAUCCUAGUGGAUCAAUAACUAAACAGCUUGGAGAUUGCUUCAAUUUGCUGUUUUUGAAUCUCAGCGGCAACAAUUUUUCUGGCAGAAUUCCUCCUGACAUGGGUAAUUUACUCUCACUGCAAUCUAUUGAUUUGAGUCAAAAUUCAUUGAUUGGAGGGAUACCACAACAACUUGGGAAGUUGCAGCGGCUAGAGAUUUUGAAUCUCUCCCACAACAAGAUAUCUGGUUCAAUUCCAGUUGCUUUUGAUGCUAUGCUGAGCUUGACAACUGUGGACUUAUCCAACAAUGAAUUAGAAGGCCCCAUUCCUAAUGUCAAAGCCCUUCAUGAGGCUCCAUUUGAGGCAUUCAGAAAUAACAAAGAUUUGUGCGGAAGGGCCUCUGGUUUGAAAGCCUGUCCCACAUUAGAGAGCCACAAUCUAAAUGACAAAAGAGGCAGCAAAAUUGUUGUUAUAAUUAUGGUUCCUGUUUUAUGCACACUGUUUCUCACAUUCAUCAUUGCUGGUUUUAUAUAUACAUGUUGCCCAAAAGUGUAUGAAAGAGGCAACAAGGUACAGGAGGCGGAAAAUAAAAAUCCUUUUGCAGUAUGGAGCUAUGAUGGGAAAAUGGUGUACCAAAGCAUUGUCGAAGCAACAGAAGGAUUCGACUCCAAGUUUUGCAUUGGAGUGGGGAGAUCCGGAACUGUCUACAGAGCUAUGCUGCCAGGAGAUAAGGUUGUCGCUGUGAAGAAACUUCACCAGCAUUUGGAAAGUGAAAUUGCCAAUUCAAAAGCAUUUGAGAGUGAGAUUCAAGCUUUAACAGAAAUAAGGCAUCGCAACAUUGUGAAGCUUCACGGUUUUUGCUCAAAUAAUUAUCACUCACUGUUGGUUUACGAGUUCUUGGAAAAAGGGAGCCUUGAAACUCUGCUGAAGAGUGAUGAACAAGCAGUGGCAUUCGACUGGAUGAAGAGAGUAAAUGUUGUGAAAUGUGUGGCUAAUGCUUUGUCUUAUAUGCACCAUGGAUGCUCAUCUCCUAUAGUUCAUCGUGACAUAUCAAGCAAGAAUGUUCUGCUAGGCUCAGAAUAUGAGGCUCACGUGUCUGACUUUGGCACUGCUAGGAUUCUGAAGCCUGAUUCAUUUAAUUGGACCUCAGUUGCAGGCACAUUGGGAUAUAUAGCUCCAGAGUUGGCUUUCACGAUGAAGGUGAAUGAAAAAUGUGAUGUAUAUAGCUUUGGAGUGUUAGCAUUGGAAACAAUCAUGGGAAGUCAUCCAGGCGAUCUAAUCUCAUCUUUUUCAUCGCCGUCAUCAGCUUCAGAGCCAUCAGUUCAUCAAUCAUUAUUGAAGGAAAUGUUGGACAAUCGACUAACACCUCCAAGAAGUCGAAUGGCAAGAGAAAUAGUCUGUAUCAUGAAACUAGCAUUAUCAUGUUUGCAUUUGAAUCCACAAUCUCGUCCAACCAUGCAACAUAUUUCUCAGGAGCUAUCAAUUCAGAAUCAGAGGCCAUCUUUGCAGAUACAAUACCACAAUAUUACAAUAGGAGAGCUGCUUGGUUACUAAAAUCACGAAUCGUCCAACAGUCUGAAAUUUUUAUCAUCUUUGUAACUGCACGAACAUAUAAUAAAUGGUCUUGUUGAUCAAGUUACCUUUGCUCAAUUAAUA